AUGGAGCGAACUCAAUAUGGAUGCUUUAUCAUGUUAGAUGCAUGGACGGACCGAAAGGCUAGAACAUUGAUCAAUUUCUUGGUUAACACUCCAGGUGGGACUAUGUUCAUAAGGAGUGUUGAUGGUUCUAGCUUUAUGAAGACCGAAUUAGAGAUAUUUGAACUUUUGGACACAUUUGUUCAAGAAAUUGGAGUGGAAAAUGUUGUGCAAGUUGUUACUGACAAUGGUAGCAACUAUGUCUCUCCGGAUAUUGGAAAGUUGCCUAUUGUUAAGAGGGAUAUUGGAAGAGGACAAUUUCUUGUUGGAUUCAUCUACAACCAUACCAUCACGCUAAACCUAAUGAGAAAGUUCACCCAAAAAGCCGAAUCGGAUGUUAUAUUCUCUCUCAAGGCGAUAGGGUCGUUGGUGCAUGUUUUAAGACUGGUUGAUAACGAGAAAAAACCAGCAAUGGGUUACAUAUAUGAGGCAAUGGAUAGGGGAAGGAGUCUAUUGCAACAACGUUCAAUGGAAAUGAAAGUAAAAUACUCUGAAAUUUACUCAAUUAUAGAUAAUAGAUUGGAGUGUCAACUUCAUCGUCCAUUGCAUGCAGCUGGACAUUUCCUUAACCCCCAUCACUUCUACAGUGACCCAAAUGUUGGCAAAGAUCUGGAAGUAAUAUAUGGACGUUAUGCUUGCAUUAUGAAGCUUUCUAAAGAUUUAGAUGAUAAUGAUGAAGCUCAUGGCAUGUUUGGUAUACCUUCUGCAAUUAGAAUGAGGUCUAUUGUGUCCCCUACUGAGUGGUGGACCAUGUAUGGAAACCAUGUUCCACAUUUGCAAGUUGUUGCAAUCAAAAUAUUAAGUUUGACAUGCAGCUUUUCAGGAUGUGAGCGCAAUUGGAGUACAUUUGAGCAAAUUCAUUCUAAGAAGAGAAACAAACUUGAGCACCCAAGACUAUAUGACUUGGUUUUUGUGAAGUACAACCAAGCUCUUAGAGACCGCUUUGAUAAAAAGGAUUUAACCGAUCCCAUUCUCCUCAACAAUAUUGAUGGGUGUUGUGAUUGGCUUGAAAAAAAAUUGGAUGAAAACGAUGUAUUUGCAGAUGAUUUGGUCUUGGGAGAAGAUGGCUUGACUUGGGAGCUUGUUGGUGAAGCAGCUGGGGUUAAUGAAUCAUCGAGACUUACUAGACAUCAAUCAAGACUCACUGCAACUAUGGAUACUGGAGAUGAGGAGGUGGAAGAAGAAGAGUUUGAAUCAAGUGAUGAACAAGAUAAUGUUGAUGUGGUUGAAAUUACAAGCGAAGAUGAGGAAGAAAAUUUUGCAUGA